AUGUCCGCAAAAACAGCUGUCACUGUGCAUAUGCAAAGACUGUAUCGUUUUAGUUUAUACGUGAAGAAGCGGCCAGAUAUCACCGAGGAGGAGUUCAAUCGCCAUUGGAGUAAAGAGCAUGCGCCGCUGGUCAAGGAGUGGCUGAAGCGCUAUGGGAUCCUCAAGUACACCCAGUAUCACACACCGAAGUCCCUCGAAACCGAGGCCAGGACGAAAUGGCUAGAGCUCGGGCAACUUGAGCGUCAGCCGUGGGAUGGUGUAGUCGAGAUCACCGUCAAGGAUAUCAAGGACUUCUACGAUGCGCGAAACGACCCCUUCUAUAUUGAGAAGGUGAUCGCGGAUGAAGAAAAGUUCGUUUCCAACAGAGAAGAGGCUAGUUGGACGAUUGGCUGGGAAGAGGUCUAUGUCAAGGAUGGAGAAUGCGUGGACAUGCCUCUCGGAGAUACAAAGCCCGGGCACGAUUAG